UUUACUAAGUUGCCGUUCAUGCUUUCACCUUAUCAAUUGAUUAGAUGAUACAAAUUGAAAAGUUAAAAGAUAACAGGCAACAAGAAUUCACCUGCUGAAACAAAGUCCAAUAUAAUUUGUUGAAAAAUAUCGGAAAAAUGAGUCUCGGUGAUACCAUGUAUUAUUUUUUAUAUUCCAAUCCUCUUUCAGCUGCCGCUGUCGCUGGUGCCACCAAAACGGCUGAAGUGUUGAGUAAAUCAUUAAGUUCAAUAUUUAUGAAAGAAACACCACAUCCAAUGGUUGUACAUGUGGCACCAGACCCGCUAUGGAAAAUAGCAGGUUUUAACAGAGUAUACAUGAAGCUGGCUGGUGUGUCGGGAGCUUUAGCUGUUUGCCUCACUGCUUAUGUUGCCCAUUCAAAUCAUCUGGAUGAAGAGAAAGAGUGUAAAAAAUUAUACAAAGUUGCAACCAAGUACCAUUUAAUACAUUCACUUGCAUUACUUCCUGUACCUCUCGCAAGAUUCCCAUCUUUGACUGGUACGUUGUUCUCACUUGGCAUUUUGCUGUUUUGUGGAUCCUGCUAUUACAAAGCUCGUACUAAAAAUAGUAGGUUUAGCCGUGUAACUCCUAUUGGAGGUUGUUGUUUUAUUCUUGGUUGGCUCUCUUUUGCCCUAUAAAUGUUAACGUAUUAAAUAAGCAAGGAUGUGAAAUGCAAUUAGAUUUAUGUGUAUGCAACAUGCAUUGAAUGUAAUUUACUACUUUAAUACUCUUUUUUAAAAUACCUACCUUAUAAUACCUAGUAGGUCAAUGCAGUAUCAUUCAAUAUUUACUAUUGUGUAAAUGUAAGUUUUUCAAACUUUAGUUAAAGUAGUUGUUCAUGCCACAAUUUUUUUGUCAAAAUGUUGUUUCACCUUAUCUAUUUAUGUAAAAAAAAGAAACCUAACUGAACCUCUCAUACCUAUUUCAUUGUAUUCGAGGAUUAGAUAGACAAACGCAAUAAUUAUAUUUAUUAUUGGAGUUUUAA